AUGGCCCCUGAGGGCAGAAAGCAGCAGCAGAAAGGUAACAGUGGUGAUAGCAGCGAAGAGAGGCGAAAUGCUGAAGACAGCAAAAUGGACUGGUGGAGACCAAAACUAGCACAAGGUCACAAAAUAGUUGCUGCAGAUACCGGGAUUAAACCUUCAAAUGGAGGUAUGCAGAGCCCUGCCCAGGUGGUUUUUGAAGGAAACACAAAUGAAUUACAAAGCUGGAUGAAAAAAGCAAGAAAGCUACCCAAAUAUGAUGAUGUGGAUGCCUCCCCUUUGCAUUAUGCUGCGGAAGAAGGUCAAGUUGAGCUGAUGGAGAUGAUCGUCAAUGACUCCUCUUGUGAAGUGUUGAAUGUAAUGGACAAUAAUGGAAACACCCCUUUGCACUGGGCGGCAAGAAAGAACCAGGUUGAAAGUGUUAAGUUUCUUCUCAGCAAAGGAGCCAACCCAAACCUCCGAAACAAUGCCAUGAUGGCACCCCUCCACCUCGCUGUGCAGGGCAUGCACAAUGACGUGCUGAAGGUCUUGAUUGAGCACAGCAGUACAAAUAUCAAUUUGGAGGGAGAAAAUGGAAACACGGCUGUGAUCAUUGCAUGCUCCAAAGAUAACAGUGAGGCUCUGCAGAUUUUGUUAAAUAAUGGAGCUAAGCCGUGUAAAUCAAAUAAAUGGGGAUGUUUUCCUAUUCACCAGGCUGCCUUUUCGGGAGCCAAAAAAUGCAUGGAAAUAAUAUUAAAAUUUGGUGAGGAGCAUGGGUACGACAGACAGUUUCAUAUUAACUUUGUGAAUAAUGGGAAGGCUAGUCCUCUGCACAUGGCAGUUCAAGGCGGUGACUUGGACAUGAUUAAAAUGUGCCUGGACAACGGGGCCCAGUUGGAGCUGAUGGAGAAUGGGAAGUGCACGGCCCUUCAUUUCGCCGCCACCCAGGGAGCCACCGAGAUCGUGAAGCUGAUGAUAAGCUCCUACUCUGGCAGCGACGAUAUUGUCAACGCCGUGGAUGGAAACCAGGAGACGCUGCUUCACAGGGCCUCAUUAUUUGAUCACCAUGAACUAGCAGAAUACUUAAUUUCAGUGGGAGCAGAUAUUAAUAGCACCGAUUCUGAAGGACGCUCUCCACUUUUAUUAGCGACUUCUUCUGCAUCCUGGAAUAUCGUAAAUUUGCUCCUCUCUAAAGGUGCCCAUGUAGACAUAAAAGAUCAUCUUGGACGUAAUUUUUUGCAUUUGACUGUCCAGCAACCUUACGGAUUAAGAAAUUUGCGACCUGAGUUUAUGCAGAUGCAACACAUUAAAGAGCUGGUCAUGGAUGAAGACAACGAUGGGUGCACUCCUCUGCAUUAUGCAUGUAGACAGGGGGUCCCUGUCUCUGUAAAUAACCUACUUGGCUUUAAUGUGUCCAUUCAUUCCAAAAGCAAAGAUAAACAAUCACCCCUACAUUUUGCAGCCAGUUAUGGGCGUAUCAAUACCUGUCAGAGGCUCCUGCAAGACAUGAGCGAUACGAGGCUUUUGAAUGAAGGUGACCUUCAUGGGAUGACUCCUCUCCACUUGGCUGCAAAAAAUGGGCAUGAUAAAGUAGUCCAACUUCUUCUGAAAAAAGGUGCCUUAUUUCUCAGUGACCACAAUGGCUGGACUGCCUUGCAUCAUGCUUCCUUGGGCGGGUACACUCAGACCAUGAAGGUCAUUCUUGACACUAAUUUGAGGUGCACAACUGAUCAGCUUGAUGAAGAUGGGAAUACAGCACUUCACCUGGCUGCAAGGGAAGGCCACGCCAAAGCCGUCACCCUCCUUCUGAGCUACAACGCUGACAUCAUCCUGAACAAGCAACAGGCUUCCUUUCUUCACCUUGCCAUUCACAACAAGAGGAAGGAGGUGGUUCUUAUGACCAUCAGGAACAAAAGAUGGGAAGAAUGUCUUAAGGUUUUUAGUCAUAAUUCUCCAAGCAACAGAUGUCCAGUCACGGAAAUGGUAGAAUACCUCCCUGAAUGCAUGAAAGUACUUUUAGAUUGCUGCAUGACGCCCUCCACGGAAGACAAGUCCUGCCGAGACUACCACAUCGAGUAUAAUUUCAGAUAUCUUCAAUGUCCAUUAGAAUUCACGAAAAAAAAUGCACAGGAUGUUACAUAUGAGCCUCUCACAACCAUCAAUACAAUGGUACAACAUAACCGUAUAGAGCUUCUCAACCAUCCUGUGUGUAAAGAAUAUUUACUUAUGAAAUGGCUGGCUUAUGGGUUUAGAGCCCAUAUUAUGAACCUAGGAUCUUACUGCCUUGGUCUGCUGCCUAUGACCUUUCUUGUUGUCAGUAUUCAGCCAGGUAUGGCUUUCAACUCAACUGGAAUCAUCAAUGAAACAAGUGAUCAUUCAGAAAUACUAGACAACAAGAAUUCAUAUCCUAUAAAAGUUUGUAUGAUUUUAGUUUUUUUAUCAAGUAUAUUUGGAUAUUGCAAAGAAGUGGUCCAAAUUCUCCAACAGAAAAGGAAUUACUUUCUAGAUCACAGCAACGGCGCUGAGUGGGUCAUCUACACGACGAGCAUCGUUUUCGUGCUGCCCCUGUUCGUGGCAAUACCGGCCCACGUGCAGUGGCAGUGUGGCGCCAUCGCCAUUUACUUCUACUGGAUGAACUUCUUACUGUAUCUUCAGAGGUUUGAAAAUUGUGGGAUCUUCAUUGUUAUGCUGGAGGUCAUCAUGAAGACCUUGCUGAGGUCCACGGUCGUGUUCAUCUUCCUCCUUCUGGCCUUUGGGCUCAGCUUCUAUGUCCUCCUGAGCAUACAGGAUGCUUUCAGCUCUCCACUGCUUUCUAUAGUCCAGACCUUCAGCAUGAUGCUGGGAGACAUUAAUUACCGCGAUGCCUUCCUGGAACCGUUUUUGAGAAAUGAACUGGCAUAUCCACUUCUGUCCUUUGCACAACUAAUUAUCUUCACAAUGUUUGUCCCAAUCGUCCUCAUGAAUUUACUUAUUGGUUUGGCCGUUGGGGACAUUGCCGAGGUCCAGAAGCACGCACUGCUGAAGAGGAUCGCUAUGCAGGUGGAACUUCAUACCAACUUGGAGAAGAAGCUGCCGCUCUGGUUCCUACGCAAAGUGGAUCAGAAAUCCAUCACUGUGUAUCCCAACAGACCCAGAUACGGCCGAGGGUUAUUAUGUAUAUUUCAUAAUAUCUUUUGUACCCAAGAAGUAAGACAAGAAAUACCAAAUGUUGAUACAGCUUUAGAAGUAGAAAUAUUGAAGCAGAAAUACCGGCUGAAGGACGUGACUUCUCUUCUGGAAAAACAGCACGAGCUUAUUAAACUCAUCAUUCAGAAGAUGGAAAUCAUCUCGGAGACAGAGGAUGAAGACAACCAUAGUUCUUUUCAAGACAGGUAUAAAAAAGAGCGGUUAGAACAAAGGAAUAGCAAAUGGAAUUCCGUGCUGAAAGUAGUAAAGGCCAAAACACAGUACCUUUAGCAGUAGCUACCUAACCAGCAGGGCUUCCUGUGUGUGUAUCUCUUGUAUAUUGAACACAAAUAUAAAUAUACACACGGGGUCUGAUUUCCAAUUUGGAAAGAAUAUGGAAAGAGCAGAAAGCUGCUCUCUUUCCCUCCAUGUGAAACCACAUUUCCUGCAUCCCGUGCAAAAGUGAACAAUCUCUUUCUAGUCACAUUUUCUGCCAGUCAUUCUGUGUUAGAAAUCUCCUUGGUGAUAUGUUCAAGUUGGACUUUAUCUCUCACUAUUGGAAUGGGUAGAAAGUAAUUUGCUAGAACACACAUUUUGAUGAUAAGGAGUAAUAAAUGUGACUGUUGAGUUAGAAUACAAAUGUCUAGAAUACUAGAGCCCCACUCGGUAAUUAUGUAAUAUGUAAUGCAUUAAACAGUGAAGAAAUACAUUGGCUUCUACCAUUUGGCAUGCUUCUUUGUGUUGGAAGAUCCUGUGGGUGGAACACUGUGUGCCUUGUUCUGAUCCUAAUAAAUGGCCCCACCCGUCUGCAUCCAGCAUGCCUGAUGUCACUUUGAGUUGAGGUUCAAAUUGAUAUGCAUGAAUUUUACUACAGAUAGCACGUGUUAUUUCUGUAGCUUUGUUUGCCAGUGAUCGUAAUAAAUGUAAAACCUAUGUAGUCACCCCA